ACAGAAGAUGAACUACAUUACGAUAGGGGCGGUUGCAUUGUGGUUAAGUCUAGACCGUCCCUGAGUAUCACAGAUUUAAAUUGAGAGUCUGGAUGACAGUCAGAGAUGAAAACCCCUGCCACUUGAUUAGCAAGACUCACUGUUAAUAAAAGAACGGUCUGCUGAAUACAUGCUCUGUUAUCAAGCUGGAACCGGAGAUCUCCAGUUAUACAAUAAGAAAAUGGCAAACAGCAGGGGAAUCCAAAUAAUUCUCCCAGUCGCCUUUAACUUGUUCUUCCUUUUGAAGAUCAUCGUAUCUGAAGACGUAACGUCCUAUGAGGAAUAUUACUCUGAUUUGGACGAUCAAGACAACUCAACCACGGUCGAUUACGGCAAAUUUGAGCAGCAGUGCCACAAAGGAGAUAUCCGGUCUUUCAGGGCUUGGUUCCUGCCUAUCGUCUAUGCCAUCAUCUGCUUUGUGGGGCUCCUGGGGAACCUGCUGGUGAUGCUCACUUACAUCUACUUCAAGAGGCUCAAAACCAUGACGGAUGUCUACCUGCUGAAUCUGGCUGCUGCCGACAUCUUGUUCCUCCUCACCCUCCCUUUCUGGGCCAUCAGUUUCUCCCAAGGCUGGAUCUUCGGCCUGGUUGCCUGCAAGAUGGUCUACUACAUCUACAAGGUCAGCUUCUUCAGCGGCAUGCUCUUGCUCAUGUGCAUCAGCGCCGACCGCUACUUCGCCAUCGCCUGCGCCACCUCUGCCCACCGCCACCGCUCCAGGGCUAUCUACUUCAGCAAGGUCUCCUGCGUCUGCCUUUGGAUCCUGGCCCUCAUCUUCUCCCUUCCUGAGCUGGUGUACAGCACGCUCGUGGACAACAGCAACUUCACCCUCUGCAUGCCCAUUUCAGAGGACUCCAGUCACUUCAAGGUGAAGAUCCAAUCUGGGCAGAUGGUGGCUGGCUUUGUCCUCCCCUUGCUGGUGAUGUUCUUCUGCUACAUCGUCAUCAUACAGACCCUGCUCCAGGCUCGCAGCUUUGAGAAGAACAAGGCCAUCAAGGUGGUCUUCGCCGUGGUCCUGGUCUUCAUCACCUUCCAGCUCCCGUACAACGGGGUCAUGCUGAUGCGCACCAUCGCCCUGGCCAGGCGGAACAACACAGACUGCCAGGCCGAAAAGCAGCUGGACGUGGCUGAGGACAUCACCAAGAGCCUUGCCCUGCUGCGCUGCUGCCUCAACCCCUUCCUGUACGCUUUCAUCGGGGUCAAGUUCCGCAACGACCUCCUGAAGCUGCUCAAGGAGAUCGGCUGCAUGAGCCAGGAACAGUUCUUCAGGUACACUUCCUGUAAACAGAAGAGGAGCUCCUUCGCCAUGGAAACAACAGAAACUUCCACCACCUUUUCCCCGUGAGGGGGGUUUCAGGAAAACAAGCUGUCGCGUCCUGCUCCAAACAAAUAAACUGGAUGAAAUGCAUUAAGUGUUUAUACAGCAAAGGAAAUGGGUAUCUGUGCUACAAGUGACGGGUUAGAAUAAAAAAAUAAUAUGGAAGUUUUUACAGAGAGAGAAAAAAAACCAAACAGCUCUGUAUUCAAGAAGAAUCAGGUUCCAACAGGAUACUCAGUAAAAAGUCUUAAUGAAGAAGAAAAGUAAUUGAUAAACUGAAAAUCCACUAUAUCCGCUGUGGUCACAGAUUUUUUAAUUACAUUUUUUUUUUUUUUUUUAAAUAGUGUGUGUGAACUCUAUGGACUCUGAGAACUUACCCAUCCAAAACUUUGCCAGAAAAACCAAAACAUAUAUGCAUUAUAAAAUAGAUAUAUAGAUAGGAAAGUUUAACAUGGUACAGUUAUACAUACAUUCACUUCUGCACCUACCCUAUUGUAACUUUUGUCACUUUGCAACAAGAUUCCCAUCUUAUGAACCCAUGUCCUUUGUGAAAACUUUAUGAAAAUUGUCUGUCCGUCCAUUUGAAUCAGAAGAUAUCUGUUUAGAUGUCUUGUAAGACCAUUUUGCUCAAAGAUUCUGAUGAUCAGAUUUUAAAGGGACUUCGACUUUUGAAACAACGUGACAUUUGUGUUUAAUUUCAUCCACACAGCCCAAGCGAAAUGCCACUUCAAUCAGGAGAUUGGGAUCAGUGAUGUUGAAGUCAUUGCAAUUGGAUUACUCUUGAGUUACACUGGCACGUUUUUGCAGCCUUCUGGGUAAACUUCAGCUUGUUUACAGAGAAAGGGAAAUCAAAGCCUUUAAUACUGAGCCCUUGACCAUCAAAAAUACAGACUGUAAAACAGAUAAGCAUGCCUUACAUUUUCUUUAUGUACAUUUUAAUGUCUUUGGGUUAGCCGUUUACACCAAAAUGUUACAAAAUGCUGCAAUAAUAUGCCAAUCAUAUUCUUAACAUUAUUAAAAGUAUUAUUAAGGCAUUCGUUAACUAAUGUUAUUAAAACAUAAGAUGCUACUAUAACAGGUUGCUAUACCCUGCACUUGCCAGGCAUGGGAAAAGAGCACAAAUAAAUUGAUCAUUAACACCCUUAGCAACACCGUUUAUGGCAGAAAACAAAGUGUUGCAUUCUGCAAAACACAAGUAAGCUCCAAGCUGCAGGAUAAGAUCAAACAUUGUCAUUAGGGUCUGAGUUUUUUGGGAGUUACCCUGCUAACACAAGGCUUCUUUUUACACUGUGAUUCCACACCCAGGAUGUGUUCUACACUGAAGAAUAUCGCAAGAGUUAAGCAGUUGUAAGGUGUAGCCUAUAAAGACAGGGCGAACAAUGUAACCUUUCGUUAUAUCCUCCUGAUUGUAUCUACUGCUGUGUAUUUUGUACCUGUCAGUAAUUGUUUUUUUUUUCUAUGAGGUCUAUUUUAUCUUCGUAUA